AUGGAUGUCGCUUUGGCAGCUCUUAAUCGGGGUGUCCGUGCGCUCUUUGCACCUGACGCUACUUUCUGGCUCUCCACUCCAUCCACUCUUGAAUCUCGAGUCUCUCGAGGUUCUGCGACAUGUUAUUGGUCAGAGGCUAUUACCCUUGAGGGUGAGAAUGCUGCUGUUGGGUAUGACAUUACAAAAUCAACAGGAAAAGUGUGUGAAGAGUGCAGUGCAGAGCUGGAUCCAGCAAGUGUGUGA